UGCAUUAUUCAUAAAUCAUUUUGAAAUGAUUUUUUUUUCAUAUUGUGGAGAGAGAAGUUCUAAAGUUCUGGAACCAACAUGUGUGAUGUCACAGUGCUGUCAGAACACUCAUUCCUAGAACUUAGUAGUGAACUCACCAAGAUCCCACACUGCAAACGACUCUGGAGUAUCUGUGAAAAAAACAAGCAAAAUUUUCCUUGUGGUCUAACAACCGGUCAUCUCAAACUCAGUUCAAAUGGACAGAGGAGACGGAUCCCACACAAACUUCUUUGAUGGAGAGGAACGCCGCCGCCGGCUUGAUUUGGUGGAGGAUAUUGCACAAAGUGGCCAGUUCAAUGAAGAAGAGAUCGCAUGGCUGCGGUUCGUUGUCAGGAAUGGACAGGAGCGCGAAGCCACCGCCUAUUUGAGGCACAUUAUUGCUGAGCGUGACAAUGCCAACUAUGACAAUGUUGUCUUUGCUGUGGAAGAUCUUGACACUGAGAAUGAAGAUUUAGAGGCUGAUGAUGAACUUGAUCCUCUGGGAUUAAGACACUGUGGACCACCUGACAUCUUCAACAGAGAAAGUGACACUGACAGCGAGGAUGAAGCUCUUGGAGGAUCCACGAGGAGGUCUAGAGGAGAAGAUGAAGACAGUGACCAGAUGAACAGCCAGCAGUUCAGAUGCCCCUCUGAACUUACCAACGUCGUCUCCAGCAGUGACAUUGCCAACAACAUUAUGGAAGAAAACCCAGCGCCAGUGCCUUCCUUGGGUCCAGUUAGAGAAGCAUCCAGUGGGUGGUUAAGAUACAACAAAGUGUCUGACAUCUCUGACUGGGAAAGUGACACUGAGAACAGCACUGACCAUGAAGCUCCAUUGUUAGCUCCUUCCUCAAGCCAAGAAGCUGGAGGAUCCCGGAGGAGCUGGAAAAAGGAAAAUGGGAGCGAUAGCUGGAUGAGCAGCAAUGCAUUCGGGUGCAGCAAUUCAGUUCCUCACACUGUCUUCAGCAGUGACUUUGAGGAAGAACACCCAGAGUCAGCACCUUCCUCCAGUAUAGUCCCUGAAAGAUCCAAAAAAAGAGAAAGGGAUGGGGAUGAAGAAGAAGAUGGACACGGUAGCAAAUAGUUCAACGACUGACUGAACCAACUGACUGCUAUCAACCCUUUGUACACGCCAUCUUCACAAAGGCUUAAUUUCACUUUCUUUUAGUUCUUUUCUUUCCUGUUAAAUUCUCCAAAUAAACACAUGGGAACUGCA